CUUAGCCUGCGACAUCGGAUGACGUACCAGCAGAGGAGGAGUUCCUUUUAAUCCAAACAUCGACAAAAAAGAAAACAGUCAUAUAUCGAAAAUAAAUUCGGUCUACCCCAGCGAUUAAUCAGCACCAUGGCCGCUCAAAAGAUAAAUGAAGCUCACGAGCACAUGGCUAAAGCUGAGAAGUGCUUGAAGACAAGUCUGACAAAGUGGAAACCUGAUUUUGACAGUGCUGCAUCAGAAUACGCCAAAGCAGCUGUCUGUUUCAAGAAUGCAAAGCAGUAUGAGCAAGCGAAGGAUGCUUACCUGAAGGAGGCUGAGUACCACACAGAAAACAAAGCGCUUUUUCAUGCUGCGAAGGCUAUUGAGCAGGCAGGCAUGAUGAUGAAGGAACAAAAGAAAAUGCCAGAAGCCAUCCAGUACAUAGAGAAAGCCUGCAUGAUGUACAUGGAGAAUGGGACUCCUGACACUGCUGCCAUGGCUCUGGACCGGGCGGGAAAACUGAUAGAGCCUAUAAACCUGGAGAAAGCUGUUGACUUGUACCAGAAGGCAGCUGGUGUGUUUGAGAAUGAGGACCGCUUGCGUCAGGCAGUAGAGCUGCUGGGUAAAGCAUCUAGACUUCUAGUCAGGUUAAAAAGGCUGGAUGAGGCUGCAGUUGCCCUGCACAAGGAAAAAAACAUGUACAAAGAGAUUGAGAACUUCCCCAUGUGCUUCAAGAAAACAACAGCUCAAGUGCUGAUUCAUCUUCACAGAGGCGACUAUGUGGCAGCUGAUAAAUGUGUCAGAGAAAGUUACAGUCUGCCAGGCUACAGUGGAAGUGAAGACUGUGUUGCCAUGGAAACACUACUGCAGGGCUAUGACGAGCAAGAUGAGGACCAGGUCUACCGCGUGUGCAACUCACCUUUGCUGAAGUACAUGGACAAUGAUUAUGCCAAACUGGCCAUUUCCCUGAGGGUACCCGGAGGAGGAGGAAAGAAGAAGAAGGCGGCUGCUGCUCCACAGGGUGGCGCUAGCGGGGCGCCGGCGGCUGCGGCAGAUGAGGAGGAUGACUAUGAAGGCGGGCUGUGUUAGCCUUCAGCCUCCAGUGUCGACUCUGCCCUUCCGCUGUCACCAGUACACCCUUUGUAUGUGUGUGAGCUGGAAAUGCCAUCAGUUCUGACGGCUGUUUGUUUGACCUCUAAUGUGCAGAAAAGAAAAAAUUAAAAACGACCCACACAGUUGUAGUAGGUGGUGCAGAAAAGUCGACAUUAAGCCUUUUAAUUUCUUAUUGUUUGAGGUGGAUCCUCAGCCUGUUGUAUGUACAUGUUCUAUUAUAUCUCAUGUGUGAAGCUGUACAUUUUGCUGUUAUUGUGGGUAGAGUGUAAGAUUACUAUAGGUAUAUUCAAAUCAGAAAUACUCUAAAUAUAUCUAAUAUCUUGAUAUAUGUUUAAGUGUGUAUUUGUACAGAGUUAAUUUAAAUCAGUGUUCACGGCUGCUGUCUGUUAAUAAUGUUACUGGAGCAAUAUGCAAUCACGCAUGUCUGAAGUAAUGAAAUAAUUAAAUAAACUUAAAUCUACAAUUAAUUUGUCAACAUUCAUUCUGUAGGAUGAUUGACUGUUGUCUUCGGCAUGAGCAUUCAAAAGAAUCAAAAACCGAUGAUGCAGCUUUAAGUCAGACGUAGACAGAUUUUUGUCAGUCUACUUCCAGAUGUGUGCUACUUUACCAUAAAAACAGUCCUUGCUGUUUCUUUAUGUCCCUUCACAGUUCAAUCCUCAAAUAAGAACUAAGAUUAAAAAGGGACCAUGCAGGGAGAUUUUAUGUGUAUUCCCCACAUGUCCUUGUUAAUAAUGUUUGUGUUGGUAACAGCAGCUUGCUAGAAGGACUUUUGAAAUUGAGAAAAAGAAAAGAAAUCUAAUAUUAGGCUACUCAAGGUGAUGAAGGGAUUGUUUACAUUUUUUAUUUAGGCUGUUGUCCGCUUUUUGUGUAAUCCUCUGAUGCAGUUUUGUGAACUGCAUAUGCAUCAAUAAACGUUUCCGUUGUGUCCCA